UAUUUCAGAGCUCUGAACUGGCACUAGGAGACCAGCAUGUCUCAAAUCCAGUGCAACAAAUACAAACAACUUUUACCUUUUAUACUUCAAACUGUUUGCAUACAUCUCUUUGGCUGUUCCUCCUUCCCCCUCCCUUCCAGACAACUGUUACAAUAAGCUCUUGUGAGAAAACUUUCUCAGUCUUUGCGACCUUGGAUUAGAUGCCUGCAAACUAACUACCCCUCCUUUUCCCCCGCUCCUUAUCUCUAUUAUUUCUGCUAGUGUGAGUGAAACUGCAGCCAUCUGCUAGAAACGCUGACCAAUACAUUUCUGCUUCAGCCUGCUUCAGAGCAUGUAAGCAGUUAGCAUAGAAGUAGGUGAGAGUUCCCAAGAUGGAGUCACUGUGGUUCACAGACCCAGAGCAAAAAAGCUUCAUCGGCACUUUUGGCCUUCCACUCUCCCGAGUUACCUGGUAGCUAUGCCUAGUGGACCCCAACAAUCCCUCCUUUGAGAACACUCAACAAACCUUUGUCAGAGUUUUCUCAUACUCUAAAGACAGAAUGCGAUUAAGCUCCAUGCAAUCAGGAUUAUCAAUGAGAGGGUAGAAGGGAACUUCUGGGGUAUGGGAGGUACAAAUCUUAGUAUGAGCACUUUACAGCAAAUGAGCAAAAGAACAAGAACAAAACAUAUCACCACACCUGUGAGCAAGAUGCAAACAAUGCUUCCCCCUAUAUCCCCUAGUUCUCCUAAACCAGGUAUCCAACCCCAAAGGGAAUCCAAAAUAGUGGGUUCUCUUUCCUGGGCCUUCCACUGGUUAAAGGCCCGUUCAGCUGACAAGAUGUGCUUGUUAAUGUCCUGUGAAAACUCUGGGACAUAGGUACAACACUCUUCUCCAAUAAGGGCACAGACCCCGCCUCGUGAGGCUAACACAUAAUCUAGGGCCUGACGGUUCUGUAAAGCCAGCAGUCGAAGCUGGUACAGCUCAGAACUUAUGCUUUUCUCUAUGGCUAGGGUAUCAUUGGCAAAAACCAAUGCUCAGGGUUCUCGCAGGGAGUGCGCUGUGGCUGUUCAGAGAGAACACCAGGCAUUCCCAGUGACCCUUACUGUCUUUUGAAUAACAGCUUAAGUCCCAAAUCGUCAUUAGCAGUCUUCUCUGCAGGCUGGACAGUCCACUGUUCAGGAGUGGGUACUGCUUUCAGUCGAGAAUGAUGAAACCAGUUCUUGUGUCCUUCGACCUUUGCCGUUGUGUGGGUGACAAGCAGGAUGGUGUGGGGUCCCUUCCACUUCUCUUGGAGAGGCUCAUCCUUCCAGGUCCGCACGAGAACGGAGUCACCAGGCUGCAGGGAGUGGACCGGAGUAUCCAGCAGAAGAGGCUGUGAAUCUUUGGUGUACCUGUGAAGAGAAGAAAGAACAGCAAACAGAGAGCACAUCUACUGAGACAAGAAACCACACCCCACUUCCCAUUCCCCUGCCAGAACUGGGGAACCAUUCAUAGGCCAUGCUCUUCCAAACAUAAUCUCGAAGGGACUAAGCCCUAUCCUACCCUUAGGGAGAGCACGAAUGCGAAGUAACACAAGGGGCAAAGCAUCAGGCCACUUAAGAGAGGCCUCCUGACAGACCUUUGAGAGGUGUCGCUUGAGUGUCUGAUUUGUGCGUUCCACUACUCCACUGGCUUGUGGUUGCCAGGGUGUGUGGAGCUUCCAGGGGAUUUGCAGAGCACUUGAUAUCUUUUGAACAAUUUGAGAUGUGAAGUGUGUUCCAUUAUCAGAUUCCAUCCACUGAGGAAGGCCGAAGCGAGGAAGGAUUUCCUUGACAAACUUAAGAGCCACUGUCUUGGCAGUGUUGUUGCGACAUGGGAAGGCCUCAGGCCAUCCACUGAAUCGAUCCACUAAGACGAGAAGGUACCUGUACCCUUGGGUCCUGGGAAACUCAGUAAAGUCUAUUUGCCACACUAAUCCUGGGCCUGGGGUAGGUUCCAGGGUGGCUGGUGGCACUGCUACUCCUGGUCAAGGGUUAUUCUUUUGGCAGAUUAAACAUUCAGCCUGUACCUGUGAUGCUAGGGGUUUAAGUCCAGAGGUUAGAAAAUAUUUAUUCAUGAGCUGGGUAAGAGCCUCUCUGCCUGUGAGUGUGGUUUGAUGCAGUUUCUGCAACACUGGACGAAUCAAGCCCUUGGGCAGGAGGAUUUUUCCCUCUGUGGAAUAAAGCCAUCCCUCCUUUUCCUGGAGACCGAGACUGUCAGCCAGGUUUCUGUCCUCUUGGGAGUACUGAGGGGCUGCAAGCUCACCCACUGAUGGGAUGAGGGCAUGCAUUUGGGCAGUCUCCUCAGUUGCUGAUUUCAGGGUAGCAGUGCGCUUAGCUUCCCUGUCUGCUCUGGCAUUACCCUUGGAUACAUCUUGAUCUUCCCUUUGAUGGGCUUUGCAAUGCACCACUGCUACUGCUGAGGGGAGUUGUACUGCUUCAAAAAGCCGGAGAAUUUGAGACCCAUGCUUGACCGGAGAACCUUGGGCUGUUAGCAUUCCCCUUUGCUUCCACAAACCAGCGUGAGCAUGCAAUACCCCAAAAGCAUACUUGGAGUCAGUAAAGAUAUUAACCCGUUUGUCUUUUGCCAGCUCGAGUGCACGAGUUAUGGCCACUAGUUCAGCAAGUUGGGCAGAUGUCUCAGCAGGUAAACUCUCAGCUUCCACGGUGUCAUAACUAUAAAGGGAAGGGUAACAGCUGUCCUGUGUACAGUACUAUAAAAUCCCUCCUGGCCAGAGACUCCAAAAUCCUUUUCCCUGUAAAGGGUUAAGAAGCUCAGGUAACCUGGCUGGCAUCUGACCUAAAGGACCAAUAAGGGGACAAGAUACUUUCAAAUCUUUGGGGGGGGGGGAGGCUUUUGUUUGUGUUCUUUGUUUGGGAGUGCAUUCGCUCUCGGGACUGAGAGGGACCAGACAUCAAUCCAGGUUCUCCACAUCUUUCUAAACAAGUCUCUCCUAUUUCAAACUUAUAAUUGCAGUGGAGACGAUCAUAAACUAUUUUCUAAUUGGGAAGGAAGCUUUGAGGAAGGUAUUUAAAAAAUGACAAAGUUGCUGUUGAUUGAUGUUGAUUGUGGAGUCGAUGAUGCUCAAGCCAUAAUGAUGGCGCUGGCAUCUCCCAGUGUUGAAAUCCUGGGAAUUACUUGCUGUUAUGGAAACACAGUGUUGGAAAACGUCUGCAAAAAUGUACUCCGUGUGCUACAAGUUUGUAAAAGGCUUGAGAUUCCAGUUUAUCAAGGUGCUUCUGCUCCCUUACUUGGUGGUCCUGUGGAAGGGGCUUUCUUUCAUGGAAGAGAUGGUUUGGGUGAUGUUCCUGUUCCGAAUGCUCCAGGAUUAGACCAUCUACAGAAAGAACAUGCUGUGAUUGCAAUGUUAAGAAUUGUUAAUGAGAAGCCUGGUCAGAUUUCUCUAGUUGCCACUGGUCCUUUGACUAAUCUAGCUUUGGCAGUGAAAUUGGAUCCAACAUUUCCUAAGAAGCUUAAAAAUGUGUUCAUUAUGGGAGGAAAUGUAGAAUCCAGAGGAAAUGUUACAGUCUGUGGAGAAUUCAAUUUUGCAACUGAUCCAGAAGCUGCGUAUGUUGUCUUAAAUGAGUUCACUUGCCCUACUUAUAUUGCAACAUGGGAAUUUACAUGUCGCAAUUCAUUGUCUUGGGAAUUCUAUCAUGAGUGGAUUAAUCAGGACACCAAAAAAGCUAAGUUCACAGAGAAAAUAUUUGCCCACAGUAUAAAAUUAAUGAAGUCAGAACACGAAAAUACAGGCAACAUCUUAUGGACUUCAGGAUUUGUGUGUUGUGAUUCCUAUGCUAUGGCUGCUGCAAUUGACGAGAGCUUUGUCACAGAAGCCAUAGAAGCUGCUGUAAGUGUGGAGCUGAAUGGUUCACUAACUAGAGGAAUGAUGGUAAUGGAUAUAACUGGUCUUCUUAAGAAGAAAAAUAAAGCUUUUGUCAUUAAUAAGUGUGAUUUAGAGAAGUUCAAGGAAUUUCUCAUUGCUGCUUUAAAAUAACAUUUGGCUGUGUGAUAAAUUUCCCAAUCUUGUUAAUUUUGAACUGUAACUGUAGGUCUAGUUACAGUGGUACAGAUAACUUCAGAUUCAUAGCUCCUAUCAGACAACAUACAAUUAUUUUUAGUUAAUAACUUUCUCUUAUGUCAGAUUUCCAACAAAGUGCAUUCAAGUAAAUAUGAAAAGGACCCAUUUAAAUCUCCAAUAGUGAGAGAAUUCGAAGUGCAAGUUAAAAUGGCAGCCUAAUUGUUAGAUAACUCUGAAUGCACUUAUUACCUGGUAGGCCAGUACCCUAGUUUAGCAUGUAAAUACUUUACUUACCCAAGUUUAAAAAAAUGCAUUUACUCAGUAGACAGAAACAGCAAUAAAAGAGCAUUGAAAUCUAGAAUAUACAUAUAAAUUAUGAUCUGUCAUUAGUUUGUAAGAUGGAGAAGAUAGAUUGUUCUGAUUCUCACUGCUUUAUUAUUAUGGAAAAACAAGCCAAUUUUUACUUAGAGAAUCUAGAUUAAGGAUUUGCAAAGUAUUAUUUAAAAGCCACUUUAAGAUCCAGCAGCUCAACAUGUAAUGAUAAAAUUUAAAACACAUUUUUGAAAAUUUGUAAAAAGGGAAGAUGUAGAAGAAUUGGAAGGACCAUGGUCAUGGGAAACAAAACUGUUUAACUUCAGUUUACUAAUUUGAAUAUGGCCCAGAAAUGUAGUGAAUGAAAGUUUAUCAUCUGACAUCUGUUAUAUAUCUUAUUUAAAGUGGGUUUGUAACCUGAGUCCAGUUUACACAACAAAAAAGCACGCUUGUUUGUAGAUUCUGCAGAAUGAACAGCACUGAAGACACAAGUAAAUGAGCAAUUACUUCAGAAGCUGCACAGCCAUGUGCAGGGCCGGCUCUAGGGUUUUGGCCGCCCCAAGCAGCCAAAAAAAAAAGCCACGAUCGCGAUCUGCGGCGGCAAUUCGGCUGGAGGUCCUUCGCUCCGAGUGGGAGUGAGGGACCGUCCGCCGAAUUGCCGCCGAAUACCUGGACGUGCCGCCCCUCUCUGGAGCGGCUGCCCCAAGCACCUGCUUGCCAGGCUGGUGCCUGGAGCCGGCCCUGACCAUGUGUUAAAGUAAUUUGUCAGGAGUCUUUGAUUGCUUUGCCUUCCCCUUUGCCCAUUGAUCCAUCUCCUUGGAACUUAUCCUAAUAUUUCAUACCUCUGAGCAGCUUCAAACAUCUACCAUUUAAGAACAAAACAUAAUUACACCUUCCCAAGAGGCUUUUUAUGGUUGAGGAUCUGGCCCUUUGUAGUGAAAACUUUAUAGGGUUAGGAAUACAAUGAAUGUUUACACUAAAAGAAAACUCUAAAACUCUGUUUAAGAUACCAUAUCCUGUAAAAUGGAUUUUCUUUGUCCAUACAGAAUGAUGUGGUAGAAAGGUUUUAUCAGCAUUUGCUUGGGAUUGCCUACAUAAUUUUACCGCUGUGAAAAAUGUGUGAUCAUCCGAACUGGUCAUCCCAAACUCUCACCCAGAGAACCUUCGUACCACUCCAUCUUGUAUUAUAUAAAAAAUAUUUAGAAGAUGAACAAGAGUGAUAAAAGAACGAAGAGUACUUGUGGCACUCUUAGAGAUUAACAAAUUUAUUUGAGCAUAAGCUUUUGUGGGCUAAAGCCCACUUCAUCAGAUGCAUGCAGUGGAAAAUACAGUAGGAAGAUAGAUAGAUAUAUAUAUAUAUAUACACACAGAGAACAUGAAAAAAAAUGGGUGUUGCCCUACCAACUCGAAUGAGACUAAUCACUUAAGGUGGGCUAUUAUCAGCAAGAGAAAAAAACCUUUUGUAGUGAUAAUCAGGAUGGCCCAUUUCAAACAGUUGACAAGAAGGUGUGAGUAACAAUAGGGGGAAAAUUAAUAGGGGGAACUAGUUUUUAGUUUGUGUAAUGACUCAUCCACUCCCUGUCUUUAUUCAAGCCUAAUUUAAUAGUGUCCAGUUUGCAAAUUAAUUCUCGUUCUGCAGUCUCUCAUUGGAGUCUGUUUUUGAAGUUUUUUUAUUGAAUAAUUGCGACUUUUAGAUCUGUAAUUGAGUGACCAGGGAGGUUGAAGUGUUCUGCGACUGGUUUUUGAAUGUUAUAAUUCUUGACGUCUGAUUCAUGUCCAUUUAUUCUUUUGCAUAGAGACUGUCCGGUUUGGCCAGUGUACAUGGCAGAGGGGCAUUGCUGGCAUAUAUCACAUUGGGAGAUGUGCAGGUGAAUGAGCCUCUGAUAGUGUGGCUGAUGUGAUUAGGUCCUAUAAUAGUGUCCACUGAAUAGAUAUGUGGACGGAGCUGGCAACGGGCUUUGUUGCCAGGAUAGGUUCCUGGGUUAGUGUUUUUGUUGUGUGGUUGCUGGUGAGUAUUUGCUUCAGGUUGGGGGGCUGUCUGUAAGCGAGGACUGGCCUGUCUCCCAAGAUCUGUGAGAGUAAGGGAUCAUCCUUCAGGAUAGAUUGUAGAGCUUGAGUGUUGAGUUUUCUUCUGCAUCACUAAUAAUCAGUUUCAAAGUGUUGGAUCUACUUGUAAUAGAUGUCAGAUUGUGGAUGGAGUAGAAAGUGGUCCAUGCAAUUAAAUUCUAUCUUUAUUAAGAUGUAAUAUACAUUAUGAAAAUGUUUGAGAAGUCUUAACUUAAAUCAAGCAGCGUAUCUGGCAGUCAUUUGUGUUCUGUGGUGAAGGACAUAUACUGUCCAUAGAGACAAGCUCUUCAGUGAUAAGCUUUAAAAACUCCUCCUUUUCCUGAAUCCCAGAUUUUUUGCUCAUAGUCUAGGCCCUACCUUGUUCUAGUUACCUAUUUCACAGUGCAUAGAAAAGGAACACUCAGUAUAUGCUUCUGCCAAUUGAGAUGGGCUGAGGUUCAAGCCUUGGACUUCUCACAGAUGACAGUAGCAAACCCGUUAGGUGUAAGCAUAAGCCUAAUGGGAAGAAAUUGUCUCAAGUAAAUUGCACUAUACUCUAAAUUGUAUUCCAUUUUGCUUUAUACUCCAUUUUGCUAGCUUUGAAUUAGUAAGAAGAAAUUGUAGCCCCGAAGAAAUUGUUUUGAGUUUAUUCUUUGCUGAUUGUACUAACGAUUUUAAUGUUAGAAGGAUAGAAGUUUUAUGGCUGUAAUUGCCUUAUUUACGAUGCAGGCUUCUAUCGCUAUGGUUCCUAAUUGUCUCCUUUUUGCUACUUCAGUGACUUGCAUGACUUGGAAUGCUAUUAGACUCGUAACUCAUGAUGCAAGACACCUAAUGACUCUUACCAGCAAAGAACUAUACAGAACAUAUGUUUUACAUUUUGAGAGUUUGAGACAAAGUUCUGUCAUAUAAAUCUCUUGGUUAGCGAGAGUCUUGGUGGCCAAGUUAUACAAAUGCAUUUAUUCAUGAUAGGGAAAUUACUUACAUCUGCUGCUGCUUCAGGUAUGCUGUUCUAGGCAGUCUCAUACCCUUAACACCUGCCUUGUCUCUAUCCAUGCUGUUCCUGUUCUGUAGAUUGCCUUUACUUUCUGAUCAUGUCAGUCGAGCAGUUAAACUUAUGCUGGAAAUUGUUUUCACUGAUGUAAUUAUUUUAAUAGCAAAAGAC